AUGAGCGCGGCGGAGGAGGACGCGGCUGCCGCUGCGGCGGAUGGGGGAUCCGGAGGCGGGAGCAGCGGCGCGGGGUCGUCGGAAGGGGGCGCGCGGCGCCGGUUCGACCACAAGGGGCUCGUCGCCCGCACCUCGCUCAUCCUGUGGCACACGCACCAGAACGACGUCGGCGCCGUGCGGAAGCUGCUGGAGGAGGACGCCGCGCUCGUCAACGCCCGGGACUACGACAGCCGCACGCCGCUCCACGUCGCUGCGCUCCACGGCUGGCACGACGUCGCCGAGUGCCUCAUCGCCAACGGCGCCGACGUCAACUCUCAGGACCGCUGGCAGAACACGCCACUAGCUGAUGCGGAGGGCGCAAAGAGGCAGUCCAUGAUUGAGCUGCUCAAGGAGCACGGCGGAUUGACAUAUGUAUGUAUUCCAAUUCCACCUGUCACUGUAUGGUAUGGAUUUAGUGGAGGAAAAACUGGAAGCCAUUUUGAACCAAAGACGAUUCCACCACCUCUAACAAAUAAGGCUGACUGGGAGAUUAACCCACUUGAAUUGGACUUUACAAAAGCACAAGUUAUCGGAAAGGGCUCUUUCGGUGAAAUUCUGAAAGCAAAUUGGCGAGGAACACCUAUUGCUGUCAAGCGCAUUCUUCCAUCCUUAUCUGAUGACAGGCUGGUGAUAGGAAUGGCAUAUCUUCAUAAUGAGCCUAAUGUUGUGAUUCACCGAGAUUUAAAACCAAGAAAUAUUCUUCUGGUGAAUUCUGCUGCCAACCACUUGAAGGUUGGAGACUUCGGCCUUAGCAAGAUCAUCAAAGCACAGCAUGUGAAUGAUGUAUACAAGAUGACUGGAGAGACAGGAAGCUAUCGGUACAUGGCCCCUGAAGUUUUCAAGCACCGGAAAUAUGACAAGAAAGUUGAUAUCUUCUCUUUUGCCAUGAUUCUAUAUGAGAUUAUUCUGUAUGAUCGUAGAUGCUGGAAGGUGAUCCACCCUUCUCCAACUACUGAACCUUAUGAGGCUGCUAAUUUGGUUGAGCUAUGUUGGUCUGGGGAUAUCAGUCUGAGACCAUCUUUCUUGGAGAUCCUCAAGAGGCUUGAGAAGCUCAAGGAGCAUUAUUCGCAUGAGAACCACUGGCAUUUGUUCCAGUAG